GAGAGAGAGAGAGAGAGGGGUCCAUUAAUAACAGAGCAGCAGUUUCUCGAAUGACGUUUUCUCCAAUAAAUCUACUUUAGAAACAGAGAGAGAGAUAAAAGAGAGAGCUUUGAAACAGAGAUGGAUUCAAAAACAGAGAUUCUUCGUUAGAGAGACAAAAAAAGAGAGAGAGAUGAGUUGUAGGAGAGUGCUAAAGUCGAUACAAGCCUUGUCUGCUCAUAGCUUACUCUUCUCUUUCACGCUCUUACUCGUUCUUAAGCUCGAUCACACCCUCUCCUGCUCAUGGUGGAUGGUGUUUUUCCCACUGUGGGCCUUCCAUGCUGUUGUUGCAAGAGGAAGGUUCUCCCUUCCUGCUCCUGUUGCUCCGCGUAACCGUCAUUGGGCUCCAUGCCAUGCUGUUGUCGCCACACCCUUGCUUGUAGCGUUUGAAUUACUCCUCUGUAUAUACCUCGAGAGUUCUUAUGCUAGCUGGCCACCAGCUGUGAGUUUGAAGAUUGCAUCCUUGCCAUUAUUGGCAUUUGAAGUAACGAUACUGAUAGACAAUCUGAGAAUGUGUCGAGCAUUGAUGCCAGGAGAUGACGACAGCAUAAACGAUGAAGCAAUAUGGGAAGCACUUCCUCAUUUCUGGGUUGCUAUUUCAAUGGUGUUCACUUUGGCUGCUACAUUCUUUACCCUCCUAAAGCUUACUGGGGACGUACCUGCUCUCAGCUGGUGGGACUUAUUUAUAAAUGUUGGAAUUGCCGAAUCCUUUGCUUUUCUUGUUUGUACAAAAUGGUCCAACCCAGUGAUCCAUAGAAGUUCACGCGCUCGAGAAACGACAUCAUCUUCUACCCCAAUUAGAUAUCUUGACUGGAACAGUGGUCUCAUAGUUGCUCCAGAACAGGAUAGUAGUCAUCAAGACAGAUACUGUGGUCUACAAGAUAUUGGUGGUCACCUGUUGAAAAUUCCCGUCAUUGUAUUUCAAGUUAUCCUUUGCAUGCAUUUAGAGGGGACUCCUGAAAGAGCUAAAGAUAUAUCCAUCCCCGUCUUGUUUUCUCCAAUAUUCCUGUUGCAAGGCCUUGGUGUUCUCUUUGCUACAUCUAAACUAAUAGAGAAGAUUGUCGUCUUACUACGAGGGGAAGCUGGUCCAGGAUUGUAUUUUAGAUUUUCAUCAAGAGCACAUGAAUGCUUGGGUUUCUUGCACCAUGGUUCCAGGCUAUUAGGUUGGUGGUCGAUUGAUGAAGGAAGCCGGGAGGAACAAGCUCGACGACUAUACAUUGAUCAAGAAUCUGGUUACAAUACCUUCAGUGGUCAUCCGCCUGAGAUAGUCAAGAAAAUGCCAAAGGAAGAUCUUGCUGAAGAGGUAUGGAGACUUCAAGCUGCUCUUGGUGAACAAACCGAAAUUACAAAAUUCAGUCAGCAAGAAUAUGAAAGACUGCAAAAUGAGAAAAUUCUGUGUAGGGUUUGCUUUGAAAAGGAAAUAAGUUUGGUACUGCUUCCAUGUAGACAUCGUGUUCUCUGCAGAAUCUGUUCAGACAAGUGUACAAAGUGUCCGAUAUGUCGUGUAGCCAUUGAAGAACGACUACCAGUAUACGACGUUUGACUGUGUCUAACUUUGGCCCAUGCUCGAGAUUAGGAUUUGUAGUUGUAGAAAAGCUCAUACAUAUAAUCUCUUACGUACUUAAGCAGUAACAUGGCAAGUUUGUAUAAUAUCUGCUUCUCUUUUUGUAUUAUAUAUUUUUGGGUGUAAUAACUUUAGUUCAUCAAGUUCUGCUUCCAUGAGUCCACGGCUUGAAUUACUUCCAUGUUUUUCCAUUGCCU